CAGCGAUCUUGCAGGGAGUUCUCUUGUGUCUUGUUACUCCUAUUACCCAGCUUACGAUCUCUCUUACAACUUUCAUUUCGCCUCUCGUCGAGUAGAGGAUUUGUCUUCCACGAUAUGAGUGUCGUUCUCAUGCCGACCUCUGAGUUGGAGUACGUGCCGAAAUAUCUCUUCAUAUCAGAUGAGAAACAACCAGGGACAUAUAAAAGUCAUGUCAUGAAAGAAUUUUUGCGAAAGCGGAAUACUAUACGACGCCAGAAACAGUUGGCCACGAGAUCGCAAAGUCGAGUCCUUCCGUGGCUCCGUCGAGAAGACAUGAAACCACAACCACAACCCACUGAAGCGCCUGCGGAAGACACUAGUGCUUCUCCAGAGUCUUCGUACGUGUCCAGCUCGGCUGUCACGUCACCACAAGCAUCUCAAUGGACAAAUGGAAGUAUUGCAACGGAUGACUUUUCACCAACAGCAUUCAGCACAUCGUGCUCAACAUUCUCACACCAUGGCUUGGCCAGGCUAUCCACGUUGGAGUCCUUCUCGGAUAUCUGCCACGAGCGUUGGGAUCUUUUGGACUAUUUGUUUAGAAAUGUCCUGGGCCAGGUCUCAGAAACAGGUCAUUUCGACAACAUCGCAUGGCCAGGCUCGAUCAUGGCUCGUCACAUAUUGGAGCGCAAAUCUCCUUCUCAAGUCCUCCUUGCGAUUUCAAGUCUCUGUCGUGACCAUGACGCAGGUCACCAACAGCCCACCUCUGAGACCAUCGCACUCAUGCUGAGAGGUAUAUUGCUGCUCAAAGAGCAACUCCAGAAGUCUGACGGUAUCAACGGGGAUAGCAUUUUAACAAUGACCAACCUGUGGACGUAUGAAGCCGUGCUAGGUUUCGACAUUGUCGAUAACAUGACCACACAGUCAACAAGGGCAAAUACUGCUGCUUCUUUGCAAAGUAUUCAAACCCAUAUCGACGGGCUGCGGCGAUCGAUCACGCAUAUGGGUGGCCUAAAUCAUCUUCCACCAGAGGCAAUGUGGUCCGUGGCAUGGUGCGUAGGAAGUCUUCCCGGCUAUUGGGCCAUCGAUACAAGAGUGAUUGGUGGCUCGUCUUCUGACAAGAUUUGCGUGGAUCCUGGUUACCAUUGCUCUCUGACACGACUGGUGGAUUUCCUGGCAAGAAUUGAGCGACUUGCCUCGUCGGCGGACUUCCAACCUGGCAUACUGCAAGAGGCAUCUUUCAGCCUAAUGAAACACUCUUUUCUGCGAUUAGUACAGACGGCUACAAAUCAAAGGACAGCACUGAAGAGUAUGAUGAGGUCGACGAGUAUGCUCUCAAUCUUGCUAUUCGCCUUCGACAUACUCCUCGGAGGCAGCAAUACAAACGUGCAAACACCCGGAAACCGGCAAAAGGAAUUGAUGAGGCUUCAGGAGCGACUAGAGCAACAUAACAUCGACAAGGAAGGCUCGCCACAAAAGACCUGGCAGAUCUUGAUGACAGAGAAAGAGGUGCCACGUGUUCAGCUUCAUCCACGAGCUUGGCCGAUUGUAGAAAUGGUGAAUGAGAUCAAGCAUCUGAAUGUCUCAACGAUAGACUCAUUGUCAAAGCAGCUGACAGAGUGGAUGUUCCCUCAAGAAUGUGGGUUUAUCGAGGAGUUUAGGUAUGAAAGAUUGAUGUUACAGAUUCAUUUUGAGCUAGAUGGCAUGAGAAAUGUAUGAUAGAGAGCGAGAUACAUACAGAGUGAGCGAGAAAGAUGAAAGAAGGUCAAGAUGGAAGAGGCCAAAAUAGGAAUGUGGUGAACCUUUGACCCGAAAUGAGCAUCUCGAAAUUGUUGUAUCAAUG